UUUGACGAACCUAAUGACAUUACCCCGGCAAAUAACGCGGAGUCUUUCCCAGACGAUAGAUCAAAAAAGCAAGAGUCACAACCAGUGACGGGGCCCGAUCCCAAACCUUCGUAUAAACAAGCUGAUGAUUCUAGUUCAUUAAUAGAUUUGAUAGAUAAUGAAGUCGCAAACUAUCCAUCCAUGCCACCAUCCCCUCAAUCAUCAUCCGACUCACCAUCCCCUGGUUCAGCAAGUAAACCACUGAAGAAGCCACAUCUGUUAAAACCUCCGCAUAGACGGAAAAGAAACUCAUCAUCACAUAAUGAUGCAAUUAAUCCACUUGUUGAAGAAGUAAAGAAAUUCGAAGAAACUCCAACUUCACCACAACGACCAAGCGGACCAAGACGCAAAGGUAGAAGAAAUGUACCUGGAAAUG